AUGGUCGCACUGCAGGCUGCUCCGGCGAGCACCGACAGGGAUGAGGCCGUCGAUGAAGACGAGGAUGUGCUCGAAAAUGGCGACUGGCGCGCCUCCUUCGAGGAGAAGUGGGCUGCUGCCAUGGCACAAAUCGACGCGGGAGAGGAGGGUGUGCCGGAGGCCACGAAGUCCGCGCCCCGAAAGGGCGGCCCCGACACCGCAGGAGUGAAGCUUCCCAGCGCCCAGGCCAAAGAGCCGAGCCUUCCCAGACAGUCGGCCGUUUCAACUGCCUUGUGUCGGCUCAAGCAGAUCUCUCAGCUUCAUGUGCUGGCCGGCGCAGAGAGCCAGAUGUACUUCAAGUUUUUCUUUUUGCAUGUUGUGGAGGUGGAGAAGCGCCUACAGACGGACAUUGCUCACGUAUUGACCCCGGCUCAGACACGGUCUGAGCGAUACGGCGCCCCACGCAGAGACCUUGCAGCCAUGGUGGAGCUCAUGGCAACGAUGGGCGCAGCCGCCAAGGAGCUCUUUGAUUACAAUCGUGAGAUGUACGAGUUCGAUCAGGGGCAGCGUCUGGACCGAGAACUGCUGCGCAUGGAGAUGCAGAUCAAACGCUUCCAGCUCUUCCGAGAGGAUGUGCGUGACCUCGUGGAGCUGACUGUGGGGAAGAUGGAGAUGUACCAUGUCGUCGGGGCGCUGGUGCUGGAGUGCACGGUUAUCUACUACACGGAGGGGCGCAUCCGGACGUCGUCCCCGCCCUUCCUACUGGGCCUCUACUGGCUCUCGGCUGCGGGUACCUUUAUCUACGUGCUGCUCUGUGUGUGGUUCAGCAUGUAUGCUUCCAUCUCUUCGCACAGCUUUGGGGUCCGGCUCCUCACGCGCUUCAUCCGUCUGCCGAUCCCUGGAAGCCAGCAGAUCAAUGCGCUCAAUGCGCGGCUGACCGACUUCGAACGACAGGGAAAGAAGAUCAUGCGCAUCCCCUUCACAAGGGACGUGCCGCAGUGGCAGCAACGCAGGGACCUGAAGGAUCAGCCAGACCCGGGCCUCGGCGUGGGCGAGGGAGAUGAGAACUUCAUGACCGCUGUGGUGCAGCCCGGGGGCAUGAAGCAGCAGGACCUCUUGGAGGAGGGCGUGCAGGCCUACCAGGACGAUGAGAUAGGGCUCCAGCAGGCUGCGCAGAACCUGCCGGGAAAGCACAUCCGCCUCUUCCGGGA